GAUGACUCCCGCUGUUUCGCCCGAGCGUCGCGACGCUAUUUGAUAGCGCAUACACAAUAUCUCCUUUGAAAAUGAGAUAGCCGGCAUUCUUGUCGAUGUCGCAGAACAGAACGGAGGCAACCAAUUAUUUUAGAAACAAAUAGUAAUACACGUUUCUCACUUUCCAUCGCCAAAUUCAGAACAAGGAUUCUCAUUAAUUUCUCUGUAGGAAGUCAGGUGUCGUUUGCCUAUGCAGCAGGUAAAAGUGCAUCUGUAUAAUAAUCGAACGUGAAUGGGGACACAGGAAAAUGUUCGUUGAGCAACACCCGUAAUAGGCCUCGUUCCACGCGAGAAAUCGAUUAUAUUCUGACCGAGUAGCCGCUGCGUGAUCACACUGGAGUCGACACCGUUUCUCUUAUUGUUGCGAGACACUGAUUCAAAAAAAUCACUCGUAUCUAUCCUCUUUGAAAUCACCAUCGAUUCUUCACUCGACCUCGAUCGUACAUCACUGUACGACUAAAUACUCACUGUCCAACUCGGUCGAUCUCUUCUACAUUCGUACAGAUUGUGACUCUGAUACGGAGCAACGUGCGAGCCUGGGGGGUCAGGAAGCCGGCCUUGCGGAGGACGUCACGUACCUCACGGACCUGGUAGCGCACUAAAUGUCGCAAUCGUCCGGUCACCGUUCGUUUGAACGCAAACUGAGGAAGAAGGGGCGAUCACUUUCUCUCGGUGCGAACCGCGGCAGAGAGCCCUCGAGGAACACUUGCCCACGAGUUUUUACCAAAGGAACAGCCAGCCGUCGCGUUUCCCGACUGGGGCUUCUCUGCCGCACGAUUCUCACCGACAACAGAUUGCAUUCGGAGAUGCGAUUAACGCGCGUGUUUCUCUUCCUGGGAUGUUACCUCUUGGCAGUGACAUUGGUGAACGCGGCUCCGAGUCCGGAGGAACCUGCGUUCGAGAUCCCGGUACAACUGCUCGGAUUUCCAGUGAUCAUCGCCGCGGUCAGGAUCACCAACUUCGUGAAGAAACUGGCCUACUCUUUGAAUCCAGAGACUUACGUCAGCCGGGUGAAGCGAGCUCACCGUUUGGUACACGACGAGGAGAUUCUAGAUGUUAGUCAAGUAGAGAAGAAGCUGGUUUCGGAAUUAGGAAAUAAUGUUUGCGUUUACGAGAGAAUCUGCGCCAAAUACGCGACACAAACUUUGCACAGAAGAAGCCGGGAGAGAUCUUUGGAUUGGAACACUGUCUUCAGCGAGUACAAGUCAUCGCCGAACCCGAUGAAGGAGAAUUAUUUAUUGAGCGUGUUUCUCGGCAACGUCAUAGGCAGUCCGAGUCUCUGUCAUCAGCUAGCGAAGCGGGGAAGAGGCUGCGACCCGUCAACGAUCGCGGAUCAACUGUAAACCGCUUUCCUACUUAUAAAUGAAACAUCUUGUACAGAUUGUAAAUAUCUGCGAGACGUGUUUAUGGUUCCCCCGCGAGUGGCUCGCGCUGGAUAAAUUUUAUUCCUAGUAAGUUAUAGGAGUAGUAAAUAAUAGUGGUAAACGGAGGGAACUUGUGACUUCAGAAUGUUCACACGGACGUUGCGCAACAUCAAUUGUAUUUUAUGAUCAAAAAUCAGCCAUUCGUUGUUGUAAAUAAAUUGUUGACGACCUGUAAUUAUAGAUUGUUGAUCGACGAAUAAAAUCAAUUUUUAAGAAGAA